AUGGAUACAAAACCUAUGAACAAUACAAAUAACUUACAACACGACACGGCAUCGAGACCCGGAGAACCCUCCGCAAGCUCUGCCAAUACCGCACCACAGCCGUUAGAGUCCACCCUCAAUCCUGAGCUAGCUCCGGCAAAUCAUAACGACAUCAAUGGCGACGUCCAAAUGAACGACUGGCCCCGACUUACUUCAGCAGCAGCCGCCGCUCUUGUGCAGAGCCGCUGGGCCACUGAGGACGAGCAUCCCGAAAACAACCAGCACCGGUUUGUCUCACGGGCCAACAGACGCCCAAGAGAUGGCGGAUCUGGAAACAACGCACCUGCUGCUCGUAAUCGUUCCCGCUCCCCUCGCAGGCAUGGCGAAGACCAGAUAAUUAGGCUAAGAGAUAACCCUAGACCUGCUAACGCUGCCGCUAGGACUACCAGCGUGAACUGGAAUCUCGAACCGGAGGGAUACCUGACCCACAAUAGUAGAGGUACCAUGGCUAUAAAGGACGAGAACAUGGACGCGGUGCAGAACUCGGCUAUCAGUCUGAACACCAAUACCAUCAGAGCCAGUACAACAGGCUCCGAGCGGUUCAUAAAUAUCACGGAUCGCAUGUCGACUAUAGCUCCAUUGCUAGUACGACCCGAAGAUACCGUAAUACCGGUCAUCCAGAUUGAUCGCAGACGCCAGCACAUCCGCUCGGCCAACCCAUCGAGGAGCCAAGAGGCCAACAUGCGUCACAAUAUAUCUCGCCAGGGAGCCGCCCCACAUAGUGUGCAGUCCGACUUCCAGCCACAAGUACAACGACGAGUACCUCGAGAACACAACGCCAGGCCGCAGCAGCCUCCCGCAGAGCCAGAGGAGCUCCCCGCCGAAGUGCAACACCCCCCGCCCCAGCUCCAGCCCCGAGUUCUAGUGUGCGCAAACUGCGGCAUAGAGGGCCACACCCUAAGAGACUGCGUAACGCAUUGGACACUCGCAGGAGAUAUCCCGGGUUGCUACCGCUGCAACGAUAUAUCACACACAAUUGAUAGCUGCCCAGUUCAGCCGCCGUAUGACGACGCCAUGAAGUAUCAGAUCGAGGUUAUCGAUCGUUCGGGCCGACCGCCUUUAAGAUCAACACGUGGAUGGAACCAACUAGCCGUGGCAAUGAACUAUCGGGGACCUGGUCCGAUUAGUAAGGAGUAUAUGAAAGGUCUAUAUUUGACGCACUUCAAUACUUGGGAUUACGGCCUGUCAUUAAUGCAGCAGUGGGACUUGCUGAUUAAGGAUCCUGCUACCGUCAGCCUGGAGCAGAUUAAGAACCUUCCAAACCAGGGUUACGAUGACCUACCCCGCGACAAACGAGGUCGGGUUCGGAUUAGGCGUGAAAAGCGGGAUCCGAGUCAAGCGAUAUCUCUGCCUUCGGCUGGGGGAAAUAAUAGCGUUCCAGGUGCGCUGCGCCAGCUUACUUUGGACGCGAGUUUGAUACUCGAAAGACUGGAGAGGGGUCAGCUACAUGAACAGAUAGGAGACGAGGAGUUCAACGCUCAUACUUCGAUCCUCGAACGUCUAAUCGUCUUUAAAAAUAUCAAAGAGCUUCGAGAACGGAACGAACAGCUUCUCAAGGUUACUCAUAAGCUUAUGGAAGUCAUAAGAUACAACCAAGCGGAAGCUGUUGCCGCUAGGAGCCAGGCAAUGGGAGAUCAUAAGGAACGCGGUCGACUCAAACCAGAACUAGAAAUCUUCAAAGACACGCUCAGAGGUUUCCAGGCCAAUUGUACAACCUCGAACAAAAACUGGAGAUCUUCAAAGGCAUUCUGA